UCACUGACUGUGAACCAGUCGAGUUACAUUGUAACUUUUUUUUUAUCUUUACCAUUAAAACACCAAAGUUAAUUGUAAUUGUUAAUAAUCAACUAGCUCAUUUAAAUAUCUAGUUAAUCAAACUGUGAAUGUUUUAAAUGAUCAACAAUCAACAACAAGUGUUGCUUAAGUUAUAUUGAUAAUCAGUAUUGAGAUUUACUUGAUUGGUACACUAACAAUUAACAGUUGAUUUGAUCUCAUGCCAAUGAUGAUUAAGUUAAUAACAAUAUCCAAGCAACAAACAUCAUCACAAUUAAUUUAAAUUGUCUCACCUUUUCAAACGGAUCAAGUGAAAUAAUCAUCAUAAUCAUUAAACUUGAAUCAAGUAAAAGUAUCAACAAUUAAAUUGAUUCAGUUUAAUUAACUACAAUUAAUGUGUGUUUCUCAAUGUGUGCCUAUUGAUUGUUGUGGUAAUUUAAUUUUUUCAAGGUUUAAUUGUGAGAUUAAAAUUAAAUUAAAUGAUCAUUACAACAACAUAACAUUUCAUCAUCAACAAUUUAAUCCAUUGGACUAAAAUUAAAUCCAGUUUUAAAAAAAGGAUUAACUCAAAAACUUAAUCAUAAUUUAGGUAUUUAAAUGAUCAACACUGAGUGAACAAUUAAAAUCAACAACAAUUAAUAUCAACUUGAGGAUCACAAUUAACUCAUCAAGAUUGUCCAAUCCAAGAUUCUCAUAUGUGUAACUAUUCUGAACAUUUCAGAAUCAACGAUGUGCUCGGAAUCAAGAAUAUCGGAUAACUGGCUAAUUCUCACCUUUUGUCAUUCUCUUUUCAAAACAAUCAACAAAAUUCCCUCAAUAUAAGUUCUUUCAAACGUUAAUAUUCAUAAAUUGAGUUUUGUUUCCCUGUUUUCCCCUGUGUUUGGUUUUAUAUUAUCACCCAACGAACCAACGAACAACAGAAAAGAAGAAAAAAAAGAAGACCAAAAAGUCCAUUUUGAUUCCAAUUGUUCGGAAACUUUUUUUCUCUCUUCGAGUUUUCCAACGGCCACAAUGAUUCAAUUCGUUUACGCCGGACGAGCUUAUAAACGUUUAAUAUACUUCGCCUUCUUAUGGACUUGUGUUUGUUUCCUUGUUUACCGAUUAGCGACUAAUCCUGUUGAUAAGAAUUACGAUUAUUUAGGUUUAAAUAGUGCAUCUUCGUUAACUAAUUCCGGUGGUCAAAGAGGAUUAUUACAGAACAAUCCAUUAGACUAUUCUACUGGAUUUAUCUCCUAUCAUAGUUCAGCAACAACAACCAAAUCAUCAAAUGGUCAACUUAUCGAUAAAUUUGGAUCACAAUCACAAUCGGUAUCUUCAUCUAAUCCAAUUGGUUAUCCAAAUCAACUAUUACAGGCAAAAGUUCAGGUUGAUAAUUCACCGAGUUUGAAUGAACAGGAGAUUCUACUUCAAUUGUCCAAUGUAUCAAAUCUACCGCUUGCUUAUUGGAAUAAGAUUAAGAAGAAGGGGAAAAAUAGUAAAUCCGGAAUUAUACCCGAAGGUGAAACUUGUCGAACUGAAUUUCCAAGUCUCUUUGAAUUAGAUUAUAAUAACAUCUAUUGGCAGAAAGUGGUCACUUCAAAUGGAUCAUCUUUCUAUCUUUAUGGUGCUUAUUAUGAUGACCGUUGGCGAGGUGGACCUUUACCUUCAGUUCGUAUUCUGGCCAUGAUUGAUCGGGUUAAACCUCCGCCAACUUAUUGUCUCUUAUGGUUUGACAAUGUUUCAGGUCCAAUAAUAAGUCAGGCCACUUAUACUUACGGAUGGUAUUCCAAAUGGGGUAACUACAAGGAUGGUCUUCUUCAACCCUAUGUAAUUAAUUGUAAAAUCCCAAGAAUCAAAGGAUUUCCCAAGAAAAUUUCAUAUGCACCUAAUUCAGUUUCCCUGGUUGAUUCAAAGUGUCAAAAAGCUCGUAACAAUUUAAGAGUAAUCAACAAUCGACCUGAGGUUAAGCAAGAUUUUGCCGUUUGCGUUAAAGGACUUGACUUUCUCCAUGAAGAUCUUAGUGUCCGUCUAAUUGAAUGGAUUGAACUUUUGAAAAUACUUGGAACCAAAAAGAUUUUCCUUUAUGAGAUGGAAAUCCAUCCAAAUAUAUCUAAAGUUUUAAACUAUUAUCAAGAGAAAGGAUUAGUUGAAUUAACACCGAUCACUUUACCUGGAGAUCAGCCCAAUUUACCUGGUUUCCGACAUCUUUACCUGAAAAACAAGUUGACCGCUAAAAGACAAAAUGAACUGAUCCCUUAUAAUGAUUGUCUUUAUCGGAAUCUUUAUUCAUAUUCAUAUUUAGCAUUACUGGAUAUCGAUGAGAUUAUUAUGCCCUUACAGCACGACAAUUGGUCUGAUCUAAUGGCCGUUGUUGAACGGGAAUCACUAAAGGAGAAAAACUAUUCCCGUGCCAGUUAUAAUGUUCGUAAUGCUUAUUUCCUUGAUGAUCUGGGUGUCGGUGAGCAACAGAUGAAACACACAGGCCAUGAGCCCGGAAUUCCGACCUACCUUCACAUGUUACAACAUGUCUAUCGAUCUCGAAAUUACACUAAACCAGGACAGUACGUUAAAUGUUUCCACAAUACGGAAAGAGUUGUUUCCCUUCAUAAUCAUUUUCCACUUAAUUGUUUUGGCUCAUGUACAACCUAUUCAAUCAACACUUCAUUAGCUCACCUUCAACAUUAUCGUAAAGAUUGUGUUGGUCCAUUGAAAAACUCAUGUAAAACCGAUUUCAGGAUAUACACAACUCGAGAUACAACAAUAUGGAAAUACAAAGAUCAACUAAUUGCCAAUUCAAAUGCUGUUCUCAGUCAUCUUGGUUUCUUUGAAUCACCAUCACCAUCAUCAUCUUCAUCUUUAUCUUCAUCUUCAUCUUCAUCAUUCAAUGAACAACAAAAAUCGCCAUCACAGUCUUCCGCAUCUUCAUCAUCAUUAUCAUCAUCUCUAGGCUCAAUUUGGUCAUCAGCCUCUUUGGGCUCCUAGUUAUCCUUUUAGAUUUAUCUUUUAAUCAUCAAAUCUUUUUAAUUGUUACAUAAUUUUAAUCAUCAAAGAUUAUCCAUCUUUUUGUUUUCUUUUUCGCAUCAAGUGAAGCUGAUGAAGCUUUUAAAAAAUCAAUUUCCUUUUCCAAUUCUCUCUUUCUCUCUCAUUGUGUAUUAAUUUUCCUCAAGGAAAGCCUUCUAUGUUUACUUAACUGCUGCGAACAUUUAAUUUAAAUGACUUUCGAGUAAACUUUUGUUUUUUUUUCUUCGUCCCUGUCGAGAGGAUGGUAAUCGUGAUACUGAACAAGUCCACAAAUAUAUAUAUUAUAUAUGAAUAAUUACCAUUCAGGGAAAGAAAUUAACUGGAGGAGAUUAGCUGAUGAAUUGAUUUUACGAGAUUUUCACAGUUACUUUUUGGAUUAGAGCAUCAAUCGAAUCAAGAAGAAGAGAGAACAGCAAGAAAAGAACAAUUCAAGAGGCCAUAAACAAUUUGCUCGAUUUGUACAUUUCGAAUUUGUCUCGAAAGGUCGAAAAAUUCUCGCUCACGAAAUUAUAUUCUUCUUGCAAUUCUGAUUACAUCCAAGUUCCUGGUGGCUUAUUCAUUUCUCUGGCUACAAAAAGAAAUCAUAAAACUCUAAAAGACUUUUUUUCUACUAAUUCAUUUCGAUCAUGGUUAUAAUCGAUUAUCCCGAUGAUAAUGAACAGCAAUGAAAAUCGAAUCCGAAAGGUCAAUCCUUAAAGUGAUCUAUUAAUACUUUGUAAUUUAAUGAUAACCAAUUACUAUUGUGGCCUUCGGAUUGGAUUUUACUUGGAAAACACCAUCGAUCCGAAUAUUCCUAUCAAUAGAAACAUUUGAAUUCUGAAUGCUCCUGAUCUUGUUCAAUUGAGUUCGAGCUACUUUGAAAAGUAACACCGAGAACAUUAUUGGGGACAAAUUGGUCAAUUUCGCCUCGUUCAAUGUACAGUUGAAACUCACACACGAACCACAAACACUUACGAUGCACAUCAAAGAUGUAAACUUUUAUCUACCUAACGGAUUAACAAAAAUGAACCAAAUUCUUAAAACUGUAAAUGCGAUUUAGAGAUAAUAACCUGGAGGUUUUAAUCCAUUUUCAUGUUCUUCAAAAAAAAACUUACGAUUCCAUGGAAAAGAAUAGCGAUAAACCUCCACAAGCACUCAUUUUUUCAUUCUCUCUCUCUCGAUCUUUGCUUUUUUCGAAUUUUCUUUUUUCGCUCUCAUGUGUAUAACUUUAUUCUUCCAUCGUCAUAAUUUAUGAUCAUCUCUCUCUCUCACCCUUUUUCUCUCUCGCUAUCUACUUUCUCUGUGUAUCAAACACUAAAUGAAAAAAGAAGCCUGUGAUUUGUAAGAUCUUGUUUAAUAAAACGUUAAUUUUAUUGAGAAAAUGAA